GGUGAGAGCGCACAUCAGCUUAUCCAAGAUGAAUGGAGGAGAGUAAAGCUGGAAAGGUCCAUGGAGUAUUGGAGUGCGUAAGCGAGUAAGAGAAUGUUUCCGAUGACGGAAAGGUUAAGCUGGUGGAUUCUCAGAGGUAAAUAGACAAUGCUAAUGGUGGCCGCACCUUCUUCCACCUGGAACAAUAUUUUCUUCUGUAGGAAUGGAGCUUCCAAAAUGCAUCACUUUUGGGCCUUGUCAAUAUCAAAUUCGAGAAUACCGGUUGUAAACUACGCUUACCUCCGUCACCGCCGCAAUUACCGCUCCAAUUUCAAAGGAGUUGGAGUAGUAAAGAAAUCAUUAACCACCGCCGGAGACGAUGAUCAGUGUUCGGAUUCAGAGGAGGCUGAUAACAGCAGCAACACCAGCGGCGGCGGUGGAGAAACACCAGUAAUAGCUGAACAGACUACUAAUACUAAAACUAACAAUGGAAUUCUGGCCGCCGCAAUUCAGCGACUUCCUCUCUCGCUUGGAGAAGCCAAUUCUGCGAUUAUCUCCGCUUGUUUGGUUGGCCUUCUUACUGGUUUCAGCGUCGUGCUUUUCAAUAAUGCGGUUCAUGAAUUGCGUGAUUUCUGUUGGGAUGGUGUGUUAUACCGAGGUGCAUCAUGGUUAAGGGAGGAGCCUCUUGAAGUAACAUGGAAGAGGACUAUAUUCGUACCGGUUUGUGGGGGUGUGAUUGUGGCUUUGUUGAAUAAUCUUAGGGAUGGUUUCGAUGCGCCUGAACGAGGAGAUUUUAGAACCAUUCCUAGAAUUCGGGCCGUGCUUCAACAGUUCCUUAAGUCGUUGGCGGCUUGUGUCACUCUUGGGACCGGGAAUUCAUUGGGUCCUGAAGGUCCUAGUGUUGAAAUUGGUUCUUCUAUUGGUAAAGGAGUUGCUUCUUUGUUCGGUAGGAGUACCGGGAAAAAGGUUCCUCUUGUUGCUGCGGGAUCAGCUGCCGGGAUUGCCUCUGGAUUCAAUGCUGCUGUAGCUGGCUGCUUUUUUGCUGUAGAGUCUGUUUUAUGGCCAUCACCAGAUGCAGAUGUAUCACUUACAAAUACAACCUCAAUGGUCAUACUCAGCGCUGUCAUAGCUUCUGUUUUGUCUGAAGUUGGUCUCGGUGCUGAACCAGCAUUCAAAGUUCCUAAUUAUGAUUUCCGUUCUGCAAGUGCUUUUGAAUUUUCAGAGCUCCCGCUGUAUCUUUUGCUGGGAAUUCUGUGCGGCUUGGUUUCUUUGGCCUUGACUAGGUGUAGUACUUUCAUGCUACACGAGGCUGAAGAAAUUAAGAAAGCUGGCGGAAUACCAAAAGCUGUAUUCCCUAUAACUGGUGGAUUAGCUGUAGGGCUCCUGGCUUUGGCAUAUCCAGAAAUUCUUUACUGGGGCUUCCAAAAUGUUGAUAUCUUGUUGGAAUCUCGACCAUUUGUGAAAGGGCUAUCAGCUGACCUACUGGCUCAACUAGUGGUUGUUAAAAUUAUUGCUACUUCUUUUUGCCGAGCCUCUGGAUUAGUUGGGGGAUAUUAUGCCCCAUCACUCUUUAUUGGUGCAGCUACAGGAAUGGCAUAUGGAAAAUUUAUUGCUUUGGCAGUUUCUGAAUUCCGUCCAGUCCAGUUUUCCUUCAUUGAAGUGGCAUCACCACAAGCAUAUGGCCUGGUUGGCAUGGCUGCUACUCUUGCAGGGGUUUGUCAAGUACCUCUUACGUCGGUUUUGCUUCUUUUUGAGCUGACUCAGGACUAUCGGAUAGUUCUACCACUUCUAGCAGCUGUGGGUACGUCUUCUUGGAUUACAUCUUCAAGGAUAAAGAGAACAGAAUUGGGAGAUGGCAAGAAAGUUAAUGAAAGUUCCCUUAAGAUUCAACAAAGUGAUGCAUCAAACAGUAGUACUAGUCCACCCUCUUCAAGUUACCAAUACCCUAUAAAAGCAUCCAAUACAGAUAAUAUAUGUGAAAUCGAGAGCUCGAGUUGUUUUGAUGGUUCUGAUGCAGAGACUGAAGAAGUGGAAAGGAGAAUUUUGGUUUCACAGGCUAUGAGGACAAGUUUUGCAACUGUCUUAAGGAGUACGUCACUUAUUGAAGCGGUGACUCUCAUGCUUGAAGAGAAGCAGUCUUAUGCACUUGUUAUUAAUGAGGAUAGUAAUCUGAUUGGCAUACUGUCACUAGAGGACAUCCUGGAGUUCAGUAAAUCUGCUCAAGCAAAAAGAAGAAAACCUGAGGAGAUUUUAGUGGCAGAUACAUGUUCACUUGUUGGUGAAAAAUGUGAGGUGAUGUGGACGGCAACUCCUGACAUGGAUCUUCUCUCCGCUGAAAUAAUAAUGAUCAGGCAUGGAUUAAGUCAGCUGCCUGUUGUCUCUGAGCUUGGGAAAGGGUGCAGAGGUAAACCAGUGGGUGUUAUAGACAUGCAGUGCAUCAAGCUAGCUUGCAGAGCUGUUGAAUAUCUGAAUGAGAAUUUCAGAUCAGCUGAUAGGGAUCCGCUCAAGUAGAACGGGUGGUGAGUCUUCACCGUGAUUAUAUCUUUGAAAGUCAACCUGCCAGAGUCCCGGUCAUCAUCCUGAUAAAAUCCGGAAGAAGACUAAUAACCUCAACCCGAGUAUUGAAAGGUGACAUGAGUAACUCCUUGCGUCUAUAUAAUUGUCCCGGUUUUGAAUGAGUCGUGAUUCCAGGGUGCGAAAAGGUAAAGUCUUUUCCAUUUUCAGAUUUCACCACAAUCAAGAGCCAACUAGGACUGGUUUAAUUUAUCUUUGUGUGCAUUCUUCAUUUCUGGGUUGGUCGUUGAAAGGUUAUUGUCUGGCUUCUGUAUAUCAUUUCAUGCUUGAAUGCCAUUUAAACAGGAGUUACACUGUACAGUAGUGCUAUUAUCAUACAAGUAACUUAUUUAAGGGGGGUGGUUCACAUUGAUUCUAUUGAGCUAGAGGGAAAUUCGAGUAUAAUGUAAAUGGGUACGGUAUCAAAAUCUCUUGUAUUAGGAUUGUGAUGGAGCAUGUUAUGUUUCAUACUUCCAUGUACAGUAUAUGAUACUCCGUAAUAGGAUUGUGAUGUCCUAUAUAUUUGUACCAUUUUGUUUAACUGUA